CCGUGUGGGUAGCACGCCGCACAAAGGGCAGCACAUUUGUGCAGCGCAGCCUCGCCUCGUCUGCCCCUCGUCUAAAGCAGAGAGGGGGCAGAGGAGGCCGCGCCGCUGUCGUCUCCCACUCUCCGUCGCCGUCACCGUUGCCCUCAUCUGCCUCCGCCCUCCCCAGUGCUCGCCUCCUCCUCCGCCGUCGCCGUCGCCGUUGCGGUCUCCUCCGCGGCUCCACCUCCGCCCUUCCUCGUGUGCUUGCCUGCUCCUUGGCCGUCGCGCUCUCCUCCGUGGCUCCACCUCCGUUCUUCCUCGUGCUCCCCCUCCCCAUCUUUACCGCAGAGAGAGAGAGAGAGAGAGAGAGAGAGAGAGAGAGAGAGAGAGAGAGAGAGAGAGAGAGAAGGCCAGAGGGGGCGCGUCUUCUCAGAUCAACAAUGGUGGACUGGACUAGCGAUAACGAUGAUAGUGAUAAGUUUGAGUGGGAAAGUGAUGGUGAGGCUGAACCCUCAUCGGCUCCGGCCUUCAGGAACUUGGAUGCCGCUGGUCCUUCCACGCUGGAUUCUAAUGGGUGGGCCAACGAGGAAGCACCACCCACUUCGUUAGUCGAGGGAUAUGUGUUAAUGGGUUUCCCGAAAGAGAUGGUCUUGAAGGGAAUUAAGGAGAUUGGGCACAGUGAUGCAAAUGCGUUGCUGGAACUACUUCUCACAUAUAAGACACUGGGUGAUGACGCUGCAGCGGGUAAUUGCUCUACUUCUGGCUGCUUCCCCCAGAGUGUUGAAGAUGAUGAUGAUUUUGAUUUUGAAAACUGGGAUGGAGACAAUGAUGCUGAUGGGAGAGAGCCCAACCCUGAUAGUUCUGGUGAUGAGGAUUUCCUAAGAGAGAUGUCAGAGAAGGACAACAAGAUCAAGUCCUUAGUAGACAUGGGCUUUCCUGAAGAUGAAGCAAAUAUGGCUAUUACCAGAUGUGGUGUGGAUGCCGCUCUCACUGUAUUAGCUGAUUCAGUCUAUGCAUCACAGGCUGCAGGAGAUUGUCAUUAUGGGAACUUGUCUGACUAUGAGGUUACUGGUAGCUGCUUUGAUUCUUUGGGAGGGAGAAAGAGAGCAAGAUUGAUGGAAGGGAGCAAGAAAAAGCGGAAGCGGUAUGGAGGUGCAGCACAAGGAAAUCGACGUCCCUUGGAUGGUAGCCAUGAAGAACCAAUGCCUCUCCCAAAUCCAAUGGUUGGAUUUAACCUGCCUAAUGAUAGGCUACGAUCAGUGACCAGACGGCUUCCUCAACAAGCUAUUGGGCCACCUUUCUUCUACUAUGAAAAUGUGGCACUAGCUCCAAAAGGUGUAUGGGCGACAAUUUCAAGAUUCCUGUAUGACAUUGAGCCAGAGUUUGUGGAUUCUAAGCACUUGUGUGCAGCUGCUAGAAAAAGAGGCUAUAUCCAUAAUUUGCCAAUUGAGAACAGAUUUCCUCUCCUGCCUCUCCCUCCAAAGACAAUAUUUGAGGCUUUUCCUCAUUACAAGAAGUGGUGGCCUUCUUGGGACCCGAGAAGGCAACUCAAUUGUUUGCAGACAAGCAUGUCAAGUGCGAAAUUGACAGAAAGAAUCCAAUGUGCUCUUGCAAGCUCAGGCAAUCCACCACCUAAAAGUGUUCAAAAGUAUGUCAUGGAUGAGUGCAGAAAAUGGAAUCUUGUCUGGGUUGGGAAGAACAAAGUUGCUCAUUUGGAACCGGAUGAGGUAGAAUACCUGCUUGGUUUUCCAAGGGACCACACAAGGGGAGUUGGCAAAACAGAGAGGUUCAAAUCUCUUGGCAAUUCGUUCCAAGUAGAUACCGUUGCUUAUCACCUGUCAGUGCUGAAGGACAUGUAUCCCAAUGGUGUUAAUGUGCUAUCUUUAUUCACUGGUAUUGGAGGAGGAGAGGUAGCACUGCACAGGCUUGGGAUCCACAUGAGGACUGUAGUUUCUGUUGAGAUAGGCGAAGUUAAUAGGAGGAUUUUGAGGGGUUGGUGGGAUCAGACUCAAACUGGCACAUUAAUUGAGAUUGCUGACGUGAAAUCUCUUACUGACGAUAGAAUUGCAACGUUUGUUAGAAGAUUUGGCGGCUUUGACUUGGUGAUUGGGGGCAGCCCAUGUAACAACCUUGCCGGCAGCAACAGGCACCACCGUGAUGGCUUGGAGGGCGAGCAAUCUGCUUUGUUCUACCACUACUUCAGAAUCGUGGAUGCUGUAAAGUCGGCUAUGGGGCGAAUGUAGCCUAAUCAUUUUAGUUAAUGUUUUAUCAUUUCAUGCUUAUCUCUAGGAUCCACAACUUCAUCUAUGUUAAACAUUGUGUUGAUGUGAAGGAUGUUUGUUUCUGAGAAA